AUGAGCAAUAACGAUAACAUUGAGGUAGAGAGCAACGCUGACAAAUGGGCUCACCAUAAUGCACUGGAACGAAAACAUAGGGACCACAUCAAAGACAGAUUUCACAGUUUGCGGGACUCGGUCCCAUCACUCCAAGGAGAGAAGGCAUCCCGGGCCCAAAUCUUAGACAAGGCAACAAAGUAUAUCCCGUAUAUGCGAAGGAAAAACCACACGCACCAGCAUCUCAAGCAGCAGAAUGCUCUUCCGGAGCGGCAAGUCCGUGCACAGGAGAAAGCAAGGUCAAGUGCCCAACUGCAGACCAACUACCCCUCCUCAGACAACAGCCUCUACACCAACGCCAAGGGCGGCACCAUCUCUGCCUUCGAUGGGGGUUCAGACUCCAGCUCAGAGCCCGAGCCUGAAAAGCCCCAGAGCAGGAAGAAACUCCGGAUGGAGGCCAGCUAA